CAAGCGCACUGCAAACGGGGCUGUUCUCCCGGACGGAGGGGGCCAGAGAGAAAGGAGGUUGAUUAUGGCCGCCUCCAUGAUUUGCACUCGGGCGGUGGCGGCCGCGAAACAGCUGAGGGCAUGUCGCGGUGGCUGUCAUGCAGACGUGAGCGCAGGUGCCAAGGUAUUCAGUGGAAGACAAGGUUUGUUUAAUAGCUACGUGUUUCAAGUGCAGCAGCGAAGGAACUUGUCACUGCAUGAAUACCUGAGCAUGGGACUAUUGAAAGAAGCAGGCAUUGCUGUUCCAUAUGGAUUGGUUGCAAAGACACCAGAGGAAGCUUACAAAAUUGCAAAAGAAAUAGGUACAAAGGACCUUGUUGUAAAGGCACAAGUAUUAGCUGGUGGUAGAGGAAAAGGAACCUUUGAAGGUGGCCUUAAAGGAGGAGUGAAAAUAGUCUUUUCUCCAGAAGAAGCAAGAGAGAUUUCCUCCAAAAUGAUUGGGAAAAAACUGUAUACCAAGCAGACAGGAGAAAAGGGCAGGAUAUGCAAUCAAGUGUUUAUCUGUGAGCGCAGAUAUCCAAGGAGAGAGUACUAUUUUGCAAUAACUAUGGAACGAUCAUUUCAGGGCCCUGUACUCAUUGGCAGUUCCCAGGGUGGUGUCAAUAUUGAAGAUGUUGCUGUGGAGAAUCCUGAUGCGAUAGCUAAGGAACCUGUUGACAUUAUGGAAGGCAUAAAAAAGGAGCAAGCUAUCAGGCUGGCCAAGAAGAUGGGGUUUCCUGCUAAUUUGGUAAAUGAAGCAGCUGACAAUAUGAUGAAGAUAUACGACCUCUUCAUUAAAUUUGAUGCUACUAUGGUAGAAAUUAACCCCAUGGUUGAAGAUUCUACAGGGAUUGUGAUGUGUAUGGACGCAAAGAUAAAUUUUGAUAGCAAUUCGGCUUAUCGUCAGCAGAAAAUCUUUGACCUGCAGGACUGGACCCAAGAAGACAAGAGAGACAGGGAUGCCGCAAACGCAGAUCUCAAUUAUAUAGGAUUGGAUGGAAACAUUGGAUGUCUUGUGAAUGGAGCUGGUCUUGCAAUGGCCACAAUGGAUAUAAUUAAACUCCAUGGAGGCACCCCAGCAAAUUUUCUUGAUGUUGGAGGUGGUGCUACCGUGCAGCAAGUAACUGAGGCUUUUAAACUGAUUACUUCAGAUAAAAAGGUGCAGGCGAUUCUGGUAAAUAUUUUUGGAGGCAUUAUGCGAUGUGAUGUGAUUGCGCAGGGUAUAAUUAUGGCAGUAAAAGAUUUGGAUCUCAAAAUACCUAUUGUCGUACGGUUACAAGGUACACGAGUUGAUGACGCUAAAGCUUUAAUAACAGACAGUGGUCUGAAAAUACUUGCCUGUGAUGACUUGGAUGAAGCUGCUAAAAUGGUUGUGAAACUCUCUGAAAUAGUAACCUUAGCAAAACAAGCUCAAGUGGAUGUUAAGUUUCAGUUGCCAAUUUGAUCAGACACAUAAUGGCUCAUGUCCUCAAAGCCCGCGUGCUCUGUUGGCUAAAGUACUGUUCAAUUAUUUCUUCCUUUGUUUGUGUGUGCGUGGGGGUUUUACUUGCUUGAUGGGUACACAUGUAUCAUCAUUCUGUUAAUAUUUAAAAUGUUCAUUGUCAAACUAUUGUUAAUGCUAAUAUCUACUUAGUUGCCCUCUCCUUCAGUUUACAGCUGCUGAAACAGAUGUUCUUGAUAUACUUGCUUUGGGAAAAACAACCUUAAAGUUAAAAGGGGGGGUGUUCCUAACAAUUAGUCUAGCUAGCAUAUAUAAUAGCAAGUAUCCACUGUGCAACUUUCAUAGGCUACUGAGAGAAUGAUUCAUGCAGCACAAAGGAAUACGAUGGCAAAACAAAAGAAUGUACUGAGGCAUUCAAUAUAUAUUGAAGACAUUUAUAUCCUGCAGUACAGUGAGUAAACUUGAGCAUCCUGCUCACUAUUUAUGAACAGUGGAUUUUUACAUCCAGUGCUUUCUAAAGCAACCACUCUUUGAACAUUGUAGUUUAAUCACUAUAAAACAUACUGUCUUCAUGAUUUUCUGGUACUUAAUUUAAAAGUAUCAUGUAGUUCUGUAUAUGAACAAAUAAAAGCUUAUUUCUUUUA